CUUGAAGUACCCACCCCCGCCGUUGCUCCUCGUGGCCGUCGCCUUCGUUCUUUCGUCCCUGGAAAAUUACUUCCGCUCUUUGCUAUUGCAACUCUUUGCGCCGACCGCUCUUGACUCUCCUUCUUUUCGAGCCGCACCGGGACGCUGCGCCGUGCCGAUCUACAUUCGCCAUCGGGUUUCAAUGUUCAUGAUUCCAAAAGUCGCUCUUUCGCCCCCGGAACGUCAAACCAAUUGUCAUCUCGACCAGUAAAUUCGCAGGCGCGAAGUAUAGUCAAAAUGACAAGGCCUCGGAUUGUCCGGGCUGAUACCAUGGACCUACAGGACCAGCAUGCCCCUUCCGCCAAGGAUCACUCCAGACAGCCCAUGAAUGCAUCGGGCAUUGCCCCCCACCAGGAACAAGCGCUUCGCCAGGCCGACCAGGAUACCAAAGCUGAAAUCAUGCAUGGUCCCAGCGCUCAGGACGGCCAACCUGGUGACAACCGCGCCGACGGCAUCGAUAUCUACGACGAUGACGAUGAUGACGAUGACGAGGAGAUUGAGGAUAUAGAUCACCACGGCGAUCUCUCCGGUGAACACGAAGAAGGCGAUCUGGCCGACGGCGAAAGUGAUGACAUGCUAGAUGACGAUAUGAUGGAUAAGAUUUCGAGCUCUCCGUCCAUUGACGACGAGGAUAUUGACUUCGAAUUCGUCUAUGCGCUGCACAACUUCUACGCGACCGUCGACGGACAGGCGAAUGCCUCGAAGGGUGACACCAUGGUGCUGCUGGAUGACAGCAACAGCUACUGGUGGCUCGUGCGGAUUGUCAAAGACGGCAGCAUUGCAGGCUAUCUGCCCGCCGAACACAUUGAAACUCCGACCGAGAGACUCGCCAGAUUGAACAAGCAUCGCAACGUGGAUCUUUCGGCAACCAUGCUCGGAGACAAUUCAGAGAAAUCGAAGAACCCGCUUAUGAGGGCGGUGCGUCGCAGAACAACCAAAAACGUCCAGUUCACCGCUCCGACGUACAUCGAGGCGUCCGACAUCGAGUACUCCAGCGAUGAGGACUUGGAUGACGCGGCGUCCUUCAACGAUGACGAGGGUUCGCGAGCGGAGGCAGAGGAUGCACAUGACGGCCAAACGGAUGACAUCGUUGUCCAGCCAUUGAGAACCAAGUCGCAACGCGACAAGGGCUCCGAAGAAGGCGGUAUCGAUGACACCGAAGAGCCCGCUAGCAACAGCCCGAUCAAGCAACGCUCUAGCCAGGAGCUAUUUGAGCCUGAAACCGACAGCAGUGUGAGCCGGUCGCGAAAUGGCACCGUACGCAAUACCGAUUCCUUCUUCCGAGACGACACCGUGGAAACCAAGAAGAUUUCCCUGACGCCCAACCUGCUCCGAGAUGAAAUUGGCAGUAGUACUCUCUCCACCGAUGCCACUGAAAACCGCGGUAGCAUGGAGAACAUCGACAAGACCCUUAGUGCGAUAGAUAAGAGCAAAGAGGAUAAGAAGCGCAAGGACAAGAAGUCGGGAAUGCUGAGCGGCCUCUUUAAGAGGAAGGACAAGAAGUCCAAGUCCCACGACGAGGAUACUGAUGAAGCAGAGAAGAACUCGAACGAAUUCUCCCGAUCUUCACCUCAGCCUAAAACAUCCCUGGAUUCGAUACCCUCCCCAGUCUCUCCUGAAGCUCGAUCCCCCAAGCAGAUGGUGGUGCAGAAGCAGCCCAGUAAGCUGCAGAAGCAACCUCCGGUGGCACUCUCUCCAACGAAGCAGGAUUUCCCUCGUGAACAGGAGCCCGCUACUAUUGACCGAAGCAUCAAGUCUGCGAUGAGCAGCAAGUCGGAUCAGACCAUUCGACAGGUCACAUCGGAAGAAGCGGAUGACAUCCCUUCAUCACCCCCGCUGGGGCCAUUCGAUGACAGCCAGGAGGUCAUGAUGUCUUCCGCUCGGGAUCAAAUAACGUCACCAGUUGAAUCGAACGGCGACUGGCAAGAUGCGUCCGAGAAUGUAUCCUACGCGCAGCGUUCGGUGGCAUCGCCCCCGCAGAGAUUCCAACCCAGACAGUUGGAUUAUCAGAACCAGGGAUUCGACUCUCCGGACAGUGCAUCAAUCGAAGAGGCCCCGGUUUCGCCUCUCGGGCCCGGACCAGGGAUGGACUUCUCCAACCCGGCAAGACAUUCUGUUGUCUCGGUUUCCCCGCCCAUGUCUCCUGUUACGAGUCACCGCGACAGUCGAGGCAUUGAUGCUCGUUCCUCGUUUAGCAACGCAUCUGCGCCUACCCCUACAUGGAGUGACGCAAGCUUGCGAACCUAUUUGGAAGAAGAGAACGACAUCCGUGAUUUGUUCGUGAUCGUCCAUGACAACUCGAAUAUUCCGCCUGCUGGUCCUGAUCACCCGAUUACUGGCUGCCUGUUCAAGGAAGAGAGCAAGAGGUUGCGAGAAAUGAGCAGCCAGCUGGAUUCCAUGCUGGCUGAAUGGGUUGGUCGCCGAGUACGGGAGUCGGCAAGUAGAGCGGAUGUGCGGUCUCAGGCUUGA